UGAUUGGCUGUGUACAAAAUGGAUACCCCCACAAAGUGCCUCAGUGAUGUCAUCGGCUUCAACUGAACCAAUAGAUUUGAAUGCUUCUGAAUAGUACAGUACACAAAAUGGCUGCCACCACUGUGUGCCUCCAUGAUGUCGCUGCUUCUGAGUUCAUUUAUAGUGCUAUGUCUGAGAAGCUGAUAAAAUGCAGGACAGAGCUGCUGGAUGCUAUAGAUAGAGCCCUGGAGGGUUGUCUGUGCCCAGUGUCCAGCCACCUGCAGAUCUGCCAGUCCUGUCUGUCCCAUGUGUUAGAUGGAUCAGGCCCUAUAGAGAGCCCCCCUGGCAGUCCAGCUGUCCUUCACCAGCCUCUGGAGAGCGUAAGACUGAUCCCUACAGAGGGUCACAUUGCUGACGGAGUCUGUAGCCUGCACCCAAGCAUCCAAAAGCCAUUUUCCAGUAUAGAGAUUGUCCUGCAGCUCCGCAGGGGCUCAUCUCCAGACCAGCACAGCGAGGAGUUACAGUCACUGCUUCAUGACGCUGAGAAUCUGCCCAGAGACCCAAGUCCGCAGGAUGUCACCAGGGACCUUUUAGCUUUAAUUGAGAACACCAGAUCCCCCGUCCUGCAGGAGAUCUCCAGGAGCCUGGAGUGGACCAGUGACAUCUUCUGUCUCCCUGAGGAAGACCUGCCCCUGACACCACCACCAGCAGGGGGCGCAGCUGAGCCAGUGCCUGAUGACGAGCAGAUGGUGGAAAUGGUUCUGGACCUAGAGGAGGAUUACCCUCACCGGAAGAGCUGCCUUAUACUGUAGCGUACAUGUAACUAGUAAAUCACUAUCAAACAA